AGGGUGUGCGCAAAUGCUAACAGUCAAGGCCGUGCGAGUAGGGAGAAGCCGGUGUGACGGGUGUGUGUGGUUGUAAGUAGCGAGCCCGGCGAUCGUUUAAGCUCACGAACACCAAGAUGUCUGGACCAAAGAUAAGCAUAGAAACACCUCUUGAAAACCAGGUGUAUGAGAUAACCUAUGAUGGAAGGGAGAUUCUUCAGCCGCCACUCUCCAUGUCGGAGAACCUGGCGCGCCUGGCAGCCAAGAUCGACUGGAGCCGCGCCGACGGCUCGGACGGCGCGGACGAGCCGGCCGAGCCGGCCGCCGAGCCCGACGCCGACGGCGAGCAGCAGGUCACCUCCUUCCAGCAGCCCGCCUGGCCCUGGGAGAGCGUGCGCAACAAGAUCAGGGACGCCUACACGGAGGUGUGCGUGCUCUCGGACGUCCUCAGCAUCGCGCGCCACAAGCGCUACAUGGUGCUGGACGGCGUGACGCAGGACGCGCCGGAGUCGCGCCAGCUCGUCCAAGUCAUCAGCAAGAAGAAGGGUCUUGGGGCGGGCGGCGCAGAUCCUGAACGACGACGCACGCUCCCGCUCUCCACGCCCAUCACGGGGCUCGUAACUCUGGCCGGUGCGCGCUCAUCGAGCCAGCUGACCUCUCCCGUCGUCGGUCCGCGUUCAGUGGGCUCGCGCUUCUGGCUGUCGGGCACGUUCGAGGUGAAGAAGGCGGAGGAGACGCCGGCGCCGGCCCACUGGAACGACCGGCUGGAGGCCGCCCAGAACGUGCUCUUCUGCAAGGAGCUGAUCGCGCAGCUGGUCAACAUCGUCACACACGGCUACGACUCGGUGCACCGCACCACCUUCCUCAUCAACGUGCUGGAGGACUCGCUGCGCUGUGUGUGCCGCGACGGCCGCGUGCUCACGCUCAGCUACGACUCGUCCGAGCUGCAGUACAUCAUCUUCUGCCAGGUGUCUCAGCACAACAUGCUGGCGGCGCAGUCGUUGGGCCGGAUCCUGGGCUGGACGGUGCGCAGCAGCGGCGGCUGGCAGGGCGGCGGCUGCGUGCUGGCCGCGCCCUCGGGCCAGUGCUACGUGGCGGUGCGGUGUCAGCCGCACGGCGAGCCCAUCCAGGUGGCCGUGGCUCAGUCGCCGCGGCCCGACUUCUUCCCCACGGCGCUGGUGACCGAGCACAAGUGGGAGCAGCUGGGCGGCGCCUUCAGACAGGUGAAGUGGGAGAAGAUGGAGGGACGCAACUUCCUAAACAAGAUGGAGCUGCUGAUGGCCAACUUGUCCAACAGCACGGCCAACAUCAUGUGACGCCCUCUCUAGGCCUGCUUCUCGUCGGGGGUCUGUGCAUCACACACCCGAGAGAAGUGCUGCGUAACUCCAACAGAGAGAAGCAGAGCACGGCAAGUUUCUUCAUAAUGACAGCGUACUGUCGGCCUCCGCGCGCGCAACGCCCAUGCUGUUCGCUUCCAGCGCGCUCAAUACACUGUAUUUGUAUAAA